AUGGCGUUCUGGUUGUUGAGCGGUCUUCUAGGCGCUGCUGUGGCUCCCGGUGGUACCGUUGAAAAAGGGACCUGUCGGUGCGGUUACUACAUCAACGGGAGAAGUUUUCGAAUCACGGAGACCACGCGUGACUCGAAACGCGGCAGCGCCGCUGUGUCUAGAGGCUCCGAGACGUCAGAGAGCGAUGAUGACUGGACUGGCGAGGACAAGGGAACCGCUAAGGCACGCAAAGGCAAGCUGUCGAUGGACAUGGCUAGGAAGAACUGCUCAUUGGGUAGUGAAGCUAAGAACAAGAGCGCCGCGUCGUCCUCGUCCGACCCCGAGGAGGGCGAAGUCUUGGACACUGACGGCGGUUCCUCGGUGCCGGCCGGCGGCGGCGGCAGCGAAGACGGCGAUGACGACGAUUCUGAAGAAGAGGAGCUGAAUGAUGCCUAUGACGAGGGCCUCGUGGGCGCUUGA